UGCAGUACGGUUGUGAUACCUGCUGACACAUAUCCGCAUUAUCGACCUGUAUGUAAUUGACGCACAAGAGAACCGAAGAGAUCGACACGGUAACCCUUUUCGCCCGCCCUUGCCCCCGACAUCUCAUAUUUUUUUCGUACGUGUAGUGAAGAAAAGAGUGAAAUUAAUUAUCGCGAUCAAACGCGGAUACUCCCGUGUGCUGGAUCGGACGAUUAAUUAUCGCGACACACACACGGAUGACCGAUAUAUCGUGCGAGCAAUUCAAACAAGUGAUACGAAAAGUGUGUAAAAAACAUUUCUUUGCCGCGUGAAAGUGAAGCUGUCCAAUUGUUACUGUCGCUUCAACAACCGAUGGCAAAUCGGGUCAGCAGCGUGGCAUCUAAGUAGUCAUAACACGCGACGAUUCGAACACCUGUCUCCUUAAGUAAAGAGACAUAGAUAAACAGAUAGAUAAAAUAUACGGAAAGCGACGAAAGUUGAUGAUAGAGCGCUAAAUUUCCAAGCGCUGGAUUUCUUCGUGCUGAUGAUUUCGAUCAAAGAUUUUCAUUCUUAAAAGUCGCCGCGCGCGCGUUAGUCGCCGACGACAGAAGAGUUAGCAAAAAAAACGUAGAGCACAAAUCCUCGAUCCCGUGAUACUCGUGGCCUUGUUUUGGACGCAUUCGUCAAAGUGCCGGACAAAUUGUCGGAAGUUCUAGGCGAUGUCCUGGAGUUAUGCGGCGGAGGCGGAAGCGGUGGUGCGACAAGCGGGGACAGAAAUAUGUCCAGCAAUAUAUCGAGUAGAAACAACGCGGCCACCAAGAUCGGCGCAGUGACAGGAGUAGCAAUAAUCAGGGGUAGAUGGGCGCAGAGGGGCACGAGGUCGCCGCUUUCUUCCGUCGCAAAUACCGAUAGUGCUGACAGCACAACUUCGACCAGUUCGGAGGAAUUUAACGUCGCGAAGGAACAACACGCCGUGCAACCGUCGAGCGAAUCGAGCUUGCCCCAUCAAAGUCGCAGCUAUCCUGGCGGGGGUCGAACGCUUGCAAGAAACUCAUCUGUCAGCUCGCAGAGCUCGCUGGAAGGUGCAUCUUCUUGUUCUUCGAGUCAUCGCGGCUCAUCACCUCAGAUCAAAGCAUUUGGCCCUGACGGACGACAUCAUGCUCGACAUGAUCCUUUACAUGCCGCUUCUUCGUAUCCACCUACCAGAAAGUCGAGAUCUCCUUCACCAGCACGGGCCUCGUCCUUGGAUGCGCGUUGUGCAAGUCCUGCGAGUUACUCGGGCAGCUUGCACAGUGGAAAUGCAUCGCCUUCGCAGACUUCUUUGUCGUCCGUAGCAACAGCAAGUUCCACUUGCGGGUGUUCGCCGAUAAAUGCCGUUCAAAGUACCUCCAGACAGCCCAGCCGUUGCUUAUCACCUCUUCUCAUCCCGCCGCCACGUGCUUCUAUAAGCAGCGACAGUGGGCCCCUACCACCUGCUUCCCCUCUUGGUUCUUUACAACCGGAUCUUUAUCAAAGACGAGACGGUCCUGUUUUUCUUAGCGCCCGCAGGACAGGUAAACAUCUUGGUAGACUGCACUUGCGUUUGAGAUACGACUACGAUAAAUCGGAUUUGGAUGUGCAUCUGAUUGAAGCGCACGAUCUUGCCGGGAGCGAUCAAGGCGGUUUUAACGAUCCUUACGUGAAGCUUAGCCUCAGUCCCGAGGUGGACAACAGAAAGAGGCAAACCAAGAUCCAUCGGAAUGAUCCAAAUCCGUUUUUCGAUCAGCACUUCAAGUUUCCCGUUAGUUACGAAGAGCUGCAGGAGAAGACUCUCCUUCUACAGGUUUUCGAUUACGAUCGUUUCUCAAGGAACGAUGUGGUGGGUUCCGUAAGGGUGGCAAUGGACAGUCUGGAACUAGUCUCCUCCACUUCUUCGGUGGAAAUUUGGGGCGAAAUAGCGAGGGAACGCAAACCGCCGGAGGAGAUACAAGAAGUGCUGGUCUCAUUGUCCUAUUUACCAAGCGCCGAGAGGCUCACGGUGCUUAUGAUGAAGGCCAGAAAUUUGUUCCCCCAACCGGAUAAGGAAACGUUAGAUCCGUUUGCGAAAGUUAGUCUUCUUUGUGGGGAAAGGAAAGUGAAGAAGAAGAAGAAAACAGCUGUCAGAAGAGCAACAAUAAAUCCUGUUUGGAACGAAGCGAUGUCAUUUAACAUUCCUGCCUCGUCAUUAGCAUCGUCAGCUAUAGAGAUAUGCGUGAUGGAUUCGAGCAGCAGCAGCGAACUGAUCGGCGGAAAUCCCAUCGUCGGGUCCUGCAUCAUCGGACCGGCCACGGGCGCGGACAACAGCCAGGGACGGGAGCACUGGCUUCAAAUGACACAAUCGCCGCGGAAGCAAUUCGCGGAAUGGCACAUAUUGCAUUAAAUUCAAUCAAUCACAUACGGUUGUCACAAUCGAGCUGAUCCUCGAGUCCGAGUGCACUCGCACGGAUCAUUACAAGUAUAUUUUACAUGUAAAAUUGACACGCAACUUCUUCUUUAACAAACAAAAAAAAAAACAAAAAAGAAUAGUCUACAAGAUAAAAGAAAAUGGUAUUCCAUCGACAUGCCAUACUUCUGCACUUUUAUAAGUAUAUAUAUAUAUAUAUAAUACACGUUAAUAGUUGUAAAAAACACACACACAGAAGUAAAAACUCUCCGUAAUACAUAUCGUUUAGAAUGUCGAUGUCUAAAAAAUAGUAAGAGAGAGAAAAAAAAGAUAUAUAUAUCUUCUUUCUUUCUCUUUUUAAUCACAAAUAUGGUUUUUAUUUUAUACGUGUAAUGCUUUUAUUGAUAUUUGAUAUUGGUUUGUCGCCGAAAGAAUUCACGUGUCAUGUAAUGUGUUAUUUAGAAUAAAAGGUGUGAAUAUCAAUAAGAGCGUUAAGCAAACAUAUAUACAUAUGCAUAAAGUAAAUAUUUAAAACAAACUAAAAUAUUGUAUAAAUCAAUAUAUAUGUGAAAUGAAAGAAUUAUAUAUAGAUAUAUCUCGUGCAGAUUAUGAAAAUGGACAUCAGUAAUAUUAACGGUAAAAUUAAAAGCGACGAUUGCAGAAUCUAAUAAUCAAAGUUUCUUCGGAAAAACAGAAUUUUUAUUAAAUAUAUUUUUUAUUGCAUUUAUAUUUUAACACAUAACAAACGUGGUCUCAUGAUUUUUGUCACAGAUGUAUACAUUGAUAUUACUGAUUUCCAUUUUUUUCUCUACCUGUGCUGCAUUAAAAAACAAAAAAAAAAAACAAAUAUUAUAUACUCUUCUUGACGAGACAAUGUAAUGUUUACUGACGUACAAUCAUCACGGAUGCAUGCUAUCAAAAAACAUUUUCGAUAUUAUUAUAUAUCCUAUCUUAUCGCGUGUCGGCAAAAAGCUCUUUAUAAAGGAUACGUUUUUACAGAAGUCUUUUUUUGUUACAUAUAUAUAAAAAGCUAAAUAUC